GCUGGGCGGAGGCGGGCGAUGUCCCUGGGCUUCUCCAGCCCUCACUUUUCCUCCUGUGCCUGGGCUGCCCUGAUCGCCCCCGUGGGCCUGAAUUAACCCGAGAGGAUUCGGCCUGAAAGUGGAGGAGUUGAAUGUUGGAUGAAAACAACCAUCUUAUCCAGUGUAUAAUGGACUAUCAGAACAAGGGAAAGACUUCUGAAUGCUCUCAGUACCAGCAGAUGCUGCAUACAAACUUGGUUUACCUAGCCACUAUAGCUGACUCCAACCAGAACAUGCAGUCUCUACUACCAGCACCACCCACACAGAAUAUGCCUAUGGGUCCGGGCGGGAUGAGUCAGAGCGGCCCUCCCCCACCGCCGCGCUCGCACAACAUGUCUUCAGAUGGUAUGGUAGGUGGGGGCCCUCCUGCACCACACAUGCAGAACCAGAUGAACGGCCAGAUGCCUGGACCCAACCAUAUGCCUAUGCAAGGACCUGGACCUAAUCAACUCAAUAUGACAAACAGUUCCAUGAAUAUGCCUUCAAGUAGCCAUGGGUCCAUGGGUGGCUAUAAUCACUCAGUGCCAUCAUCACAGAGCAUGCCAGUGCAGAAUCAGAUGACAAUGAGCCAGGGUCAGCCAAUGGGCAACUAUGGGCCCAGACCAAACAUGAAUAUGCAACCAAACCAAGGUCCAAUGAUGCACCAGCAGCCUCCCUCCCAGCAAUACAACAUGCCACAGGCAGGUGGCCAGCAUUAUCAGGGGCAGCAGCCACCGAUGGGAAUGAUGGGCCAAGUUAACCAAGGAAAUCACAUGAUGGGGCAGAGACAGAUUCCUCCCUACAGGCCACCACAGCAAGGCCCACCACAGCAGUACUCAGGCCAGGAAGACUAUUAUGGGGACCAAUACAGUCAUGGUGGACAAGGUCCUCCAGAAGGCAUGAACCAGCAAUAUUACCCUGAUGGUCAUAAUGAUUACGGUUAUCAGCAACCGUCGUAUCCUGAACAAGGCUACGAUAGGCCUUAUGAGGAUUCCUCACAACAUUACUACGAAGGAGGAAACUCACAAUAUGGUCAGCAGCAAGAUGCAUAUCAAGGACCACCCCAACAGCAGGGUUAUCCACCACAACAGCAGCAAUAUCCCGGCCAACAAGGCUAUCCAGGACAACAGCAGGGUUAUGGUCCUUCCCAGAGUGGUCCAGGGCCUCAGUAUCCCAAUUAUCCACAAGGACAAGGACAGCAGUAUGGGGGCUACAGACCCACACAGCCUGGGCCACCGCAACCACCACAGCAGAGGCCUUAUGGAUAUGACCAGGGUCAAUAUGGAAAUUAUCAACAGUGAAAAAGUACUCACAUUCCAGUAGGCAAAAUUUAUUAGCAGCCAUAUUGUCUCCUCAGCACUGUGGACAUCUUCCCGAGAUGAGAACCUCCCAUUCCAUCUAGAUUUUGGAAAAAUCUUGUGGCUGUUAUAUGGUAUACAGUCUUUAUGGGUUAAUUGGUAAAGACUGUAGAUUCUCAGAAACUAGUUUCACAUCUCUACUCUAGAUGGCAAUAUUGGACAGAAAAUCUGUGACAUAACAAUUUGCAGUUAGUUGAGAACUGUAUGUCAAAUAUACUGUUACAGACUGAGAGGUGCGAACAGCUUUGUAUGUUUAUGAAGGUUAUGGGAAUUUAAUAUUUUUUCCACAGAUUUUUUUUGUAGGGGGAAAGGGGAAAUGCACACUUUUUACAGCAGCAAUAUUUUGUAUAUUAUGUUUUUCAUGUGGUGAAUAUGCAAGACAGUACACUACUCGCUGGGCAGGAUAGCAAAUCUACUGUUAAAAAUGGGUAGGGGCAUGGUAAAUGCUUGAUUGUAUUAGUCUUGAAAUGGUGUACAAUAAAGAUAACAGUGAAAAGAUGGAGAGCAUUCUAUGUCACUGACGGGUUCACAUACAAAGACUGAGAAUCCCAGUUACCUAAAUGGGAACAUAAUUAAGGACAGUGUAAUAUAGUCUUGUGCAAAGAUGAAUUUUUUAAGCUUUCCAAUUUUUCUGAGUGAAGCGGUUUUGUAAAAAUUGUUUUUAACAUAGUUUGACAAUUUUCUGCAACAUUUUUUGGGUAACAAGACAAAUGUUUGGGUUUUAUUUCUCAAGUGUUUUGUCAGAGCUUUGCAUAAGCAAGCUGUAAUCCUUCUUAAUAAUUGCAAUAACAAAGAAAAUGACAAGUGUUAAUUUUACUUGGCUUGAAUAUGCAAAGAACUUGAAAAAGAAUAUGGAGAACAGGACUGUAUUGUAUAAGUGUAUUUUAACCUUUAGUUGAAUAAUUUGUAUGUAUCAAAAUAGCCUAGAGGACUUUGUAAAACCUAUCUAAACUUUUGUCGUGGUUUAGGAAUGGUAUUCCCCAAUUUUAGUCUUCCCGCUGACACUCCAAACCACGUGCCGCUCGCUUGCUCCCCACUCUCCCUCCCCUUCCCUUGUGGCAGGCUGGAGAGGAGAAUCAGAGGCACAAAAGGUAAAGAUCACGGCUUGAGAG